UUUUCCUUUUCCUUUUUUUUUCUUUAAUACUUUAUUUUUUCUAUUUUAUUUUUUAUUUAUACAACUAGAUGGCCGAAAUCAGAAGAAAGUUAGUUAUCGUCGGUGACGGUGCUUGUGGUAAGACGUGUCUGUUGAUUGUCUUUUCAAAGGGCACUUUUCCUGAGUUUUAUGUUCCCACUGUUUUCGAAAAUUACGUAGCUGAUGUCGAGGUCGAUGGAAAACACGUGGAAUUGGCUUUGUGGGAUACAGCAGGCCAAGAAGAUUAUGAUCGUCUUCGUCCUUUGUCAUACCCUGAUUCCCAUGUUAUCUUGAUUUGUUUUGCUGUUGAUUCUCCCGAUUCUUUGGAAAACGUCCAAGAAAAGUGGAUUUCUGAAGUACUUCAUUUCUGUCAAGGUUUACCUAUCCUUUUAGUUGGUUGUAAAAAAGAUUUAAGAAAUGAUCCUUCAACAAUUGAAGAAUUGAGAAGAAAUUCUCAAAAACCUGUUGGUUCUGAUGAGGGUCAAUCUGUUGCUCAAAGAAUUAGUGCUUACAAGUACCUUGAAUGUUCUGCUAAGACUGGUGAAGGUGUUCGUGAAGUAUUUGAACAUGCAACCAGAGCUGCAUUAAUGGUUUCAAAGAAAAAGAAGAAGUCUGGCUGUACUGUUUUGUAAAAAGAAAAAAAAAACAUGGAUGAUUAAACUUUUUUUUGCUGAACUUUUUUUAAA